CCCGACCCGGAACAUGAAUUGGGGAGUGGCCUCUCCAGUAGUAUAUGUAUAGAACACGACUGCAACCUGAAUGUAUACUCAUGCUGACACUUCUAGAAGGCGAUCAGAAACAUAACAUAUUUUAGACACCAUCAUAACACGAUGUCAAGGCUACUGCAGCUUUUAGGAAUCAUUGCAAUUGCUUUUGUACAAGUACAAUCCACGCCAGAAUUCAACUGCUUACGGACGAGUGAUGAUUGUGCAGGUGGCAGCAGCUGUGCCCCCACUGGAGAAUGCACGUGUACAGCUCAAAAGGGCAACUAUGACUGUGGAACAGAUACUACAUCCGUUGGCACUGCUUGUGCUUGUGAAAACACCGGGUUUAUAUGCCUACCAGAUGAAACCACAUGUGUUUGCUCAGAGAAAUUCUACGGACCGAAAUGCCAGUACAAAACAUUGGAUGUGAGUUGUUCGAGUGCUGGGAACCACAUCCUGAACGUCAACGUACCCGGUACCCCAACGUGUUAUGUGAAGGGAUUUGAGAACACCUGCAGCUUUACCACAACUCCACCUACCGGAACACCGACGGGCUGGACAGGAAACUUUCUGGAAGCAUCCCUUACAGAUUCUACAAACUGUGGACCACCGACAGCAACUACGGAUACGAAUGGAACAUCCACUCAGUGCUUUACAGUGAUUUGCCGGUAUGAAGCCUUGUAUCUCACAGGGCUCGAUUUUGAGGCCACCUUCUGCUGCGGUGAUGCGCAGAAGACGGUUACAACUGCAGACUUGAGCUUGUCAGAAAAUGGACUGACUCCAACAAACGUUGUUGCAGACCCUGCAGGGAAUGUUGUUACGGUGGUGAUGAAGGACGGUUCUGACGCCCCUAUAACCAGUGGGUCCACAGUUGAUAUCGGUUCGACGGUUAAGCUGGAAUUCACACUUGAUUCUGCCUCCGAUUUUGCUGCAAUACGCGUCCUCUCGUGCAAAGCCAAAGAUGGCGGAUCCAUGGAAGCUGUGUUUAUUACAAACAGUUGUCCCGCAAAGACAUUUGUUCAAAGCACCACGCGUACGCGUACGACUGGCAGUCCAGUAACAAUUGAAACAAGAGCUAUCAGGUUCACAUCAGGUUCAACCGUCACUUACGAAUGUACAGUUCUUGUCUGCAGACAAAUGACCGAAUGCACAGCGGAAACGUGUACUGGUGGAAUUGAUGGUUUCGGGCGUAAGAAGAGAGAAAUAGCUCCCUCGUCUAACUCCACUGAACAGAAAACGCUUGUCACAUUUAUCAGAGUCAACGACCCACUUGCAACAUCAGAUGUGAAGAGUGCUGUUCAAGACGCUGUUGCGCAGACUGGUACCAUCAAUCUAACAGCCGCAGUGAUUGGCUUGGCUGUCGUUGUCCUUGUCCUCCUUGGAGCGUGUCUUGUCCUUGGCCUUCGUCUCAUCAACAGGCGGGCACCUGUUACAGACACCAAAGGAUAAAAUGUUGGACUUUGUUUCUAUUGCCAAUGACGAAUCUAAAGUCAUUGUUUUAUUAAUUAUCAUUAAGUCCUUUGUUAUGUUUAUGUUGUAGGAUAAAUACAACUUUAGCUCCUAUAUUGUGACAGUUUUAUGAUUAAGGCCUACGAUUUCUCUUGUAAAUUCACAGACGAAAACGUCCCCUAAAAACGAAAGUUGAAAUUUCUGCGUUAAAUCACGUCAAACCUUUUCUAAAAAUUUGUAAACACGAUUAGACAUAAGAAAAAGUCACACAAUUUUUAAUUGUCCUAUUUUUUUAGAUAUGUCACAAUAAAAGAUACAUAUUUAAAGUCGAUGAGUUUGUAGAUCACAUUCAAAGCUAGAAGUUGUCAUUAACGUUAGUCAUUCGUUCGCGCAAGAUGCAAUGGUCAUAAACAUCUGCGUCAUUUAUCUUUAUUACUUAAAAAGCAUUUUACUCUUUUGUGACUGCUAUUUUGGUCUAUGGAUAUACGUGAAAUGUUAAAUCAGCCGAGGGAUUUAAUAAAUGUUUGAAGCUGAAAUUUUGUAUUCAUCGAUACAAAUACAUGUAUGUGGUAGAUAUUCAUAAAAAUGGAUUUCCCCAGGAAUUUCAUCAAAUAACAUGAAUCAGUUUCGGCGGAAAAUGGAGAGUUGUUAUUCUUUGGCAUUGACGAAUUAUAGAAAUAAUAUUUUCACCUCUGAAGGGUUUUCAUGAUGCUUGCGGUAGUGGGCUCGAGUACAAAAGAAACGACACACAAGGUUUGGGGAACAAAAGACCACGAAACGAUAUUGCCCCUGAACACCACGUAACAAACUGACCGGAUCCAUUUUCAUGUCCUUAUUACGUAAAAACGUGAAAUUAUGCAUUUCAUUAUGUAAUACAUAAUCUUAAAUUUUUUAAAACUUGAUUAGAUGUCAGAAAAUGUCACACAAUUAUAAACAGUCAUAUAAUUUAGAUAUGUCACAACACAAGAUACAUUUACAGUCGAUGAAUUUGUACAUCACAUUCGAAGCUAAAUAUUGUCGUACGUUUUCAUCAUUCGUUCUCUUCUCUUGCCCUGCAUAGGUGAUUAACAUCAGUCAUAUAUCUGUGUUACUAAUUGUAAGACUCUUGUGUGACUUAUUUUUGUGUGUGUAGAUAUACGUGGAAUGUUUAAUCAGCCGAUGGAUUUAAUAAAAAGUUGAAAAUGUAA